AUGAAGAGGCAGGCCGGGAGAGACACUAGCCCGUCCAGGGCCAUUGCUAAACGGAUACGGGAGAGAGAACGAGAGAGUGCACGUAGAGAGGAACUGCCACCGCCGCCUCUGGCUCCGCUGGACAAAACGCUUCUCAUCAGCAAUCUAGGCUCGCAGGUCUCGGAUGAGGACGUGGAGGACGCGCUGUUUCAUGAUUUCAAAAAGUUCGGGGACGUAAGCGUAAAGCUGUCGCACACACCGGAGCUGGGCCGGAUCGCCUACGUGAAUUUUCGACACCCGGAGGACGCCAAGGAGGCCAGGCACGCCAAAUCCUCCAGGUUAGUUUUGGGUGAUCGACAGCUUAAAGUUGAACCCAUGUACGUUAGGAGGCGCAGUGUGACGCCGCCAGACGUUGGCUAUUUACCUUUGCACGCACCAUACCCCUACAGACAGCGCUCCCUCUCCCCGCCAGGGCCGGGGGUGAGUAACAUCAGAGACCUCAGAGCCAGACACUAUGCCCUGGAGACCCUGGGUCUGAGCAGAGAGAGGGAGAGGCUGUUGGAUUAUUAUGGUAUGCUGGAUGAGAGGGGCCGGCCCUAUGGCUUCCCUCCAGUGCCAGUAGUGGAGGAUUUAAAGCCUGAGGAUGAUCAGAGGGCGACUAGCAACCUUUUUAUUGGAAAUUUGGAUGGUAAUGUCACAGAAGCUGAACUGAGGAGGGGUUUUGACAAGUAUGGAAUCAUUGAGGAUGUUGUGAUUAAACGCCCAGCACGUGGACAGGGUGGGGCAUAUGCUUUUGUCAAGUUUCAGAACCUAGACAUGGCCCACCGGGCCAAAUUGGCCAUGCAGGGACGGCUGAUCGGUGGCAACCCAAUAAAGAUUGGUUAUGGCAAAGCUAAUCCCACCACCCGGCUCUGGGUGGGUGGCCUUGGGCCUGGAAACUCCCUUGGUGCUCUCGCUCGGGAGUUCGAUCGCUUUGGAAGCAUCAGGAACAUUGACUAUGUUAAGGGAGACAGUUUUGCUUACAUUCAGUAUGAAAGUUUGGAUGCUGCACAAGCCGCCUGCACCCAGAUGAGAGGGUUUCCUUUAGGCGGCCCUGAGAGGCGUCUGAGGGUGGACUUUGCUAAAGUCGAGGAAAGCCCCUCUGUCCGUCCAUUUCCCCCUGGUUACCAGCCCCCUGUCACGCUCCCCUCCCAUUAUGACCUCCUUGGGGAGCCCUACAGCCGCCAUCGCAGCCUGGAGCGGGAGCUGAGGGGAGCCAGGGAACGCUCAUCACCACCCUCUCACAGCCUUCUCUCUCAGAGGGAGAGAGAGAGGGCCCUACUGGAGAGAGACUAUCCUACCAGCCCCACCCGUAGUCUGGAGAGGAGAGUGGGAGGGGUGGAGGCAUUUGGGAGGAGUGGGAGAGGAGUGAGGAGCCGCAGCAGGAGCAGGGAGCGGUGGCUGAAGGAGAGGGAGGAGAGGAGGAACAGGAGAAGGAGCAGGAGUCUGUCCACUGACAUUCAGACAGAGGAGAAGGAGAGGGGGAGGUCGAGGGUUCGAGGCCCAGGAGGGGCUGUCUCUCCCGAUGCAAGCCCAGACCGAGCACGAGUCCGAGCCCCAGACUCCACCACAGAGCCAAGAGACCACUCCCCAGACAGCGGUGGAGGGGGCCGUCACUCUGCCCCCAACGAAGAAGAUCCACCAUCUGGCCGCCACCACAGCAAGAGGUCCUCCAGCGAGCGCUUCAACAACCACCACCAUCGAAACAGUGAGGUUGCCGCUGCCAACUCCCCCGCCCUCCACACGGACACCUCGUCGUCUCCGAGCACCCUGUCCGAGUUCGCUCAAGCCUCUCUUUCCAAAACAUGGCACGGCUUCUUUGCUCUGAAGAACAGCAGUUUCCCCACAGACCUGUACCUGCUGGAGGGGGGCUCCUCAUUCUUCAACAGGGUGAUGAAGGACAGUCUGAAACUGCAGAGCCAGAGCCAGAACCAGCCCAGCCAGUUGAAGAUCGCCCAGAGGCUCCGCUCAAACCAGACCCGACUUGACGAGGUGUCACGUCGCAUUAAACUUGGGCGGCCUGACGGUUUCGCCAUUUUGUUGGCUCUGCAGGGCCCCAUCGACCGCCAAGCCCCUGCCCCUGAGCUGGGGCUGCAGGUGCGCCUGCUUCGCCACCUGGUGACCUACCUACGGAACAAAGAAGCAGCUGGAGUUGUGAGUCUACCUGCUGCAAAAGAGGCGGGGCCUGGGGCGAUGCUGUACGCCUUCCCCCCUGGAGAGUUCUCACAGCAGUACCUGCAGGCUGCCAAAAGGACUGUGGGUAAUCUGGAUGAGGAGCACAUGGUGAUUGUGAUUGUCAGUGACACUAAUUGAUUAUGUACAGACACUUAAAGGCAGGCACACACACAAACAGACUCACCUGGUGACUACAGAUACUUCCAUGUUGUUUUUUAGAAAAAAGCAUUUUAUUGUUUUAUUCAGUGUCUUAUGAAAGAAACACGAUAUGAACACUACAUGUUUUACUCUCUCUUCCUCUGUCUUUGCUUUAUGUUUGCUUCUAUCUGAAGUUCAGCAAGUUGUCACAUUUGCAGGCAGAGAAUUUUUACGCUGUGGGUUUUAAUCAAAGUGAAAUGAUCCAGAUGUGUGGACUGCUGCACACACAGGCAGCACCACUGCUAAGCUCUAACAUGCUACACUACAUCUGCCGGGUUUAUAUGCUUGUUUACUUUUUUGUUUUUCUUUUACCUGACUUUAUCAAGUUCUGCAUGUCCAGUGCAUGUGGGACUAGGAGGUUUUAUACAGAGCGACUCUACGGCAAACUGACCAGGAAUGUCCUGGCUCAGGCCGCUCUACUUAGCCCCACCCACUGGCUCCUACUGGCAGGGUGAGACUGGGGCGAUGUCUCGCUUUUGUUAAAAGCACCAGUAGAGACAAAAGUGAAUGACCCAACCCAUCCCUGCCACUGUAUAUUUUACAUAGUUAGUGAUUUUUUUUCAAUUGAACCAUUCCAGUUCUUUUAUUUUAAAAGGUGUGAGUGUGUUUGGUCCGUUGUUGCAUGCAGGAAAAGAAAAACAUUUAUAUUUUGUCUUUCUCAAAAUGUUUCUCACUAUGCUGUCAUCACUUGGGGUGUUUCAGUUUGGAGGACUUACAUGUUCAGCUGUUAUACUGGUGCAAGGUCAGUUUAUAUUACAGGUUUGGAUUUUAUAUUCUAUAAAAAAAAAAAACUGGAAUCGAUCAACGCUUUUCAUCUGCCUCCGCGUUAGCUUCAAGAGGUGUCGGUCUUUUCAGCCCUGCUCGUCUCUGAAGUCAAACAUUCAUAUGCAGUUUCAGUGAAAUGAAACCGUGGUGGUGUUUUUCAGAAUCAGAAGAAUUGAUGAGAGUUUCACAUGGUUGCACCAACUCUAAGAUGGUCUCUGUAAAGAUACAAACAACAUGUACACCAGCAGCCAGACACCGAGAGGAGGUUUCUUGCGUUAAAGGGACUUUUUCCUUCCCUCUACCGCCAAGUGCUUGGUCUGGGGGAUUUGUUGGGUUGUCCUUAUAAUACUGUCAGGUCUUGAUGUGAUUAUGUAAAGUUCCCUGAGAUUGUUGUAGAAUUGAAACUGAACUGAGCUGAAACCCAAUUCUAGCGCUCCCAGGAUGUGUCUUUAGCACUGAUGUUUUGGAGUUUGUAUAACUGAACUUAACUGAAUUUUAGUGCCAGGAUAAUAUUUUAGGGACAAAUACACCGACUUCACCGGCAAUCCUCUGUUCCCACCUAGAUGAUGGACGAAUACAAUUUUAGAGGCUAAAGAAUUAAGAAGUAGAAAAUUUGGUGCUCAAAGACGACGGCCACAGACUUUUUCUGUUGUCAUGGAAACGAGUGGUUUUUGUGUGUGUGUGUGUGUGUGUGUGUGUGUGUGUGUGUGAAAGCUGGGAGCCAUGGAAACCUCUGUCCAGCAGCUUUUCACCUGCUCUGUGUCUGUCGUGGGACUUGUGUGCACCAACCAAUUGAAAAUGUUUGUGUUUUAUGGGUUGCAAGUAAAGAUUAGCUUAAAAUCUACAGUCCUCGGGUGACAUCUUCAGAUUUUGUCCCACCACCAUCCAGAACAAAAAAUUGAUGAUUAUUUUAUCAGUGAAAUGUCAGAAAGCGUCCAGGUAGCAACUUCAACCCUAAAACGAUAUUCAGAAAACAGCAGCAGCUCUUUCCACUUAUAAAGAUGGAAUUACCACGUGUUUGGCAUUUGGCUGGAAGAUAACAGUCGGUUAGCUGAUUACUUUUCAGACGAUAGGGGAAGCAGGUCAUCGACCAGUUGGUUCAGCUUUCCAACCAGUAGCUUCUGCAGAGUCACAAAAUGCUGCGCCUGCCUACUUGUGCUGUUCUGUGUGCUGGCAUCUAAACUUGCCAUGUUACUUUGGAACAUGUUUUUAAUCUUUUAUUCUGUUAUAUCAACGAGCAGGUGUCACAGCUAACAAAUACCACACCUGCUGUUCUUUUUCAGGUGCACUGUGUUUGGCACUAAAUACCAGUGGUGGGUUUACUCAAGUACUUAAGUAAAAGUAGCUGGUUCUCAUACUUCAUUUUGUUAUUUCUACUCUAUGUACUUUGUAUUUCACUGUGUUUCAAAUGGAAAUAUUGUCCUCCACAAUAUUUAUCUGAAAGCAGUAGUUAUUGUAUGGAUGUGUUGCAGAAACAAGCCUCCUUAUUAAGUCAUUUUUGUCUGGAAAUGAGUCCCUAAACUUUUUUUUUUUUUGUAAAACAUGAAAAAUCAGCCAGUGAAGCGAUAUUACAACUUGAUUUCAGCACAGUUCAGCUUGCUUCUGAAACUUUUACAACACAAAAGACUUUUUUUGGGUGUCUGAAACUUAAAAUCAGUGGUAAUAAUCCUAGGAUUCACUGUUAAAGCCAUUCAGCAUCAAAGUACUUCAUCUUUUGUGGCUUAAAGUACAUCUAUCAGUAUGUAUGUACUUGAGGUAUGAUUUUGAAUGCAGAUAUUUUACUUGUUAUAGAACAUUUUUCCUUUGUCAAUAUACAGGGUGGGCCACGGAAAAGUAGCCCGUGUACUUGAGAGCAUAGUAUUGGAGGCGGGCUACUUUUCCAUGGCCCACCCUGUACUACUGUUACUUAAGGAUCUGAAUACUGCCACCACUGGUAACUGUCGUUUUCCACCGUGCUGUCUUAAACAUUCGAUUCAAAACAAUGUGGUCAUGUAACACUAAAACUGUUGAUUUGGGGGAAAUGCAUCUCUGCUUGUUCCAUCAUAACACCACUCUCAGAAGUGGCCCAGUUAUGUACAAUACACUGUUAAAGGGAGUAAAAAACACUCAUUUUUUAAAUAAGAGCUGCCCUUGAUGAGUACUUCCUCUCCCUUUCCUGCCUCAUGUAAACCAGUGGUGUAUGGUGUUAUGUCUGAUGAUGUACAUGGUCCAGGUGCAGUACAAAUCCAUGAUGACAAUCGGGUUUUGUACAUGGAUUCUCUUUAGUUUUGUUCAUGUGUAAACACAGAAACAUGUAUUCUGUAUUGGAAAAAAAUAAACAUUUUAUGCUCUU